ACUAACAAAACAAAGCGACUUCGCUUUUAUCAUUCAGGCCUUGUGAUUGUAAAUGUGUUGUAAACGAAAAGAAUCCGCGUACCAACCGACGCCGGGCGGGAAGAUGAAGCGUUGAAUAGAAGCUGAAACAUUCAACACACAACUCUUCAUAUAAGUCACUUCAUAACUCUUUUUUUCAGGGGAAGCCAUUUUCUUUUUCUUUUUCUUUUUAUUUAAGCUCUGUUUCAGAGGUUUUGUGAGUGAGUGAGAGAGAGAGAGAGAGGGAGAGAGAUGGGGAGUUACAGAAUGUGCAUGUGCUUUACCAGAAAGUUUCGGAUCACUGAGGCGGAGCCGCCGAUCGAUGUUAAAGAGGCUUUUGCUAAGUAUGCAGAACGGGGAACCCACAUGACGGCGGAGCAGCUGCAGCGGUUCUUGGUGGAAGUUCAAGGUGAUGGCAAAGGUGAUGGUGGCGCGUGUGUUGCAGAUGCUGAGAAAUUGUUGGAGCAGGUUUUGAAGUCAAGGCAUCAUAUUGCUAAGUUUACCAGACAUACUCUUACUCUUGAUGAUUUUCACCAUUACUUGUUCAACCCAGAUCUUAAUCGCCCCAUCAAUGAUAAGGUCCAUCAUGAUAUGAAAGCUCCAUUGUCGAAUUAUUUUAUAUACACAGGACACAAUUCAUAUUUAACUGGGAAUCAACUGAGCAGUGAUUGUAGCGAUAGGCCAAUUAUUAAGGCACUGCAGAGAGGUGUAAGAGCUGUAGAGCUUGACAUUUGGCCUAAUUCUACUAAAGAUGAUGUAAAUGUUCUUCAUGGAAGGACCUUGACGACCCCUGUGGAACUGCUUAAAUGCUUGAGAUCCAUUAAAGAGAAUGCUUUUUCUGCAUCUCCGUAUCCUGUUAUAAUUACUCUUGAAGACCACCUGACACCAGAUCUUCAGGCUAAAGUAGCUAAGAUGAUCACUGACACAUUUGGAGACAUGCUGUUUUGUCCGCAAUGUGAAUGUUUGCAAGAAUUCCCUUCACCAGAUGACUUGAAGUAUAAGAUUAUAAUAUCAACAAAACCUCCAAAAGAGUACCUUAAAGCUAAAAGUAAGGAUACGAAAAAUAACUCUGAUGAAGAUGAAUGGGGCAAGGAGCCAUCAGACCUUACAGCUGACCAAGAAGAUGAAGACAAGAGUGAUAGUGAUUCAAGUGAAUAUAAUGAUGUCGAUGACCAAGAGUGCCCUUCGGAAGCAUCUGACUACAGGCGCCUAAUUGCCAUUCAUGCUAGAAAACCCAAGGGUGGAUUAAAGGAGGCACUCAAAGUUGAAGCUAAUAAAGUUAGACGCCUUAGUUUGAGUGAACAAUCACUUGAAAAGGCGACUGAAUCUCAUGGAACAGAUGUUGUGAGAUUUACCCAGAAGAACGUUUUAAGGAUAUAUCCUAAGGGUACACGGUUCAACUCCUCCAAUUACAAGCCACUAGUUGGUUGGAUGCAUGGAGCUCAAAUGGUUGCAUUUAACAUGCAGGGAUAUGGUAGGGCUCUCUGGUUGAUGCAUGGAAUGUUCAGAUCUAACGGAGGGUGUGGUUAUGUCAAGAAGCCUGAUUUUCUAAUGAAUGUUGGUCCAAAUGAUCGAGUGUUCGAUCCCAGGGAAAAAUUGCCAGCGAAAAAGACUUUGAGGGUGAAAGUUUACAUGGGAGAUGGAUGGCAUUUGGAUUUUAAACAAACACACUUUGAUCUAUACUCACCCCCUGAUUUCUAUUGCAGGGUUGGCAUAGCUGGGGUGCGAGCGGAUCAGAUAAUGAAGAAAACGAAGACAAAGGAGGACAACUGGACACCUGUUUGGGGAGAAGAAUUCAAAUUUCCAUUGACUGUUCCUGAACUUGCUCUGCUUCGAGUUGAAGUCCACGAGUACGACAUGUCUGAGAAGGAUGACUUUGCCGGCCAAACUUGUUUGCCAGUCUCUGAGUUGAAGACAGGGAUCCGUGCUGUUCCCCUCUUUGAUCGCAAAGGAGAAAAGCUGAGAUCAGUAAGGCUUCUGAUGCGCUUCGAUUUUGUUUGA